AUGAGGUCAGGCACCAGGUGUCAUCACAAGAAGCUGAUUGGCCACCGCGCUCAUUGUCCGCCCAAUCGUCUAACCAAUAGGCGAGCCCUCUGCCCUCGCCAGCCGUUUUCUGCCUUCAAGUCAGCUCUGCUCUUGCGUCAGGCCUGGCCCUCAUUGCCGCAGCCCUCCCUUCCUUCAGGCGAGGUUACGGGGAUGUACAUACCGUGA